CUCUCUCUCUCUCUCUCUCUCUCUCUCCCCUUUUGUGUUCAGUGUUCUUCACGUACAGUUACGUCAACCUCGGCUACGUAUGGCUCUUUAUUACACACUGCGAGUCUGACUCAUGUUCAGGUAAGCGUUCGCUGGAGCUGUAGUGAAGAGAUUGAUACGUCUUACAGUAACCCCCUCCCUCCGAGGAGGAAGUUCCCCAGCGCUCUGCCAGUAUCACUGCAGUCCCCGCUCGAGUGGGUUCCGUACUUCCUGUCAGUCGACUCGUCUCAAGCCACAGCAGGCAGCAACGACACACAGAGCUCUUAACGCGGCAGUGUUACUCCGUCUCGGAAAGUUUGAGUUCAGCGACCCUGCCGCCAACACCAGUGACGCCACCACAACCUCCGCCACCGACGCCACCAGGAUCCCACAACAAAGCGGUGUCUUCACCCAACCAGCCGACCCCGUGUGAACCGAGCUCUGGAGCGGAGGGGAUGGGAACGCGCGGUGCAGGACAUGGGGCUGACCGCCAACGCCACCAGCCCCGACCCUUCACCCCGAGGGACCCUUCAUCCUGUUUACCUCGUCGUGGCCGCCGUGCUGCUGGCCAGCAUGCUGGUCUGUCUGAUGGCCGUGGCGAUUUACUUCAGGCGGAGAGCAAGGCUCGAUCAGCUACGGCACAGGCUCCUUCCUCUCUACACCUACGACCCAGCCGAGCAGGAGGAAGACUGGGGAGAAGAGGAUGAGGAAGAGGAGCGGCUGGAAGAGUCCCUGUUGAAGAAGAGACAGCUGGCCUUUACAAAGGAGGAAUGAGUCCAGGACAGAGAACACAGCAAUGUUUUACUCCAUUUAAGACAUUCUAUUUUGUUACACAAAAUAAAUUAUUUAUUUUAUUUAAGAGAAUGGCCAACCGGCUAUAGAUGUAUGUAUAAUGCUUUUACAUUACAUUUAACAUUUUACAUGUAGUGAUUUGUGUCGAUAUUGUGCUUUGGUGACCCAUGGUGGUAUUAUAUAUAAUGUAUUCAAUAUUCUUAUUUUUCAAUAAAAAAAAUAAAAAGAUUAAA